UUAGAGAGGACUCGAUAGAGUUAUUUUAGCUCCAGAUGAGAGGCUGGAAGAAAGAACCACAGGGCGGGGGUACACGCGCAGUCUUAAAUUUUCAAACUGCGAGCGUCUGCGCGGAGGCUGGCAGCUGCGCUCUCGGAUAAAGUGGGCAUCUCUGAGAGCGCAUGGUAAAACUGAUUUUCCAUUCACUACCUCCUCUGCUAGGCACGGGCAAGGCCCGCGCCCCCUCUUUUGAAAAUGACGGCAAUUCAUCACCUCAGGAUAUCUAUAUGGCUGGCGAUCGCUGUAACACAGGUGUUAUUGAUUACGUGCCAGAACUUCAAGACCGAGGAUACGAAAAGUUGUAAAGAGGGUGAGCAGACUUAUUCGGAUAAUGAGAUCUGGAAGCCAGAGCCAUGCAGGCUGUGUGUAUGUGAUAAUGGUAAGGUGAUCUGUGAGGAGAUCCGCUGUGAAGAACUAAAAGGAUGCGAAGAAUUCAUGAUCCCAGAGGGAGAUUGCUGCCCAGUGUGUCAAACCUUUGCCAGUGCACAUGGAAAGAUCAAAACAAUUGCAUUUAAGGGCCAGAAAGGUGAACCAGGUGACAUUCCUUAUAUUGUGGGAGUACCUGGACGCCCAGGACCAAUGGGUCCCCCAGGAGCAGAUGGCCGACCAGGAUAUCCAGGGAGCAAAGGAAGACGAGGUGUCUCAGGUCCACCUGGUUUUGAUGGGGAACCAGGUGUCCCAGGCAUACCUGGUGAGCCUGGUCCUUUAGGCACAUCACUGCCGGGGAGUCAGUUUGCAUCUCAGAUGGCCUCUGGAUUCCAGAAUGGAAAGCAUGGAAUGGCAGGGAUGGUCUCAGGAGCACCGGGUGAAGCAGGAGCAAGAGGUCAUCCAGGCCCAGCAGGUUCACCAGGGCCAACAGGAGCCCAGGGUGCCCCAGGAGACGUGGGUGAUCCUGGACCCAUGGGCUCUUAUGGUCCAAGGGGACCAGAUGGUCCUCCAGGGAAACCUGGUCUAGAUGGCGAAGCCGGACCUCCAGGAAAUAAAGGAGAACAAGGGUAUCCUGGCUCUCCAGGCUCCAGAGGGUUCCCAGGAUUACCAGGUCAGCCAGGGAUGAAAGGUCACAAGGGCCAUUCAGGUCUGCAGGGUGCAAAAGGUGAACCAGGUGCCGUGGGGUCAAAGGGAGAAUCGGGAUCUCCUGGUACCAUGGGACUUGUGGGUCCUCCGGGUCCAAUUGGGAUGACUGGUGAGAGAGGGCGCAUCGGUCCAGCAGGACCAGUGGGCAAACGCGGCCUUUCGGGAAAUGUGGGAAAACCAGGUCCAUUGGGUCCAAUGGGAAUUUCUGGAACUCCAGGAUUUCCUGGUGGUCCAGGCAUUAAGGGUCAGGCUGGAGCCACAGGCCCUCGAGGUACCAGUGGACCCCAGGGCCCAAGGGGUGAACCAGGUCGGCAAGGCUCACAAGGACCACAGGGUAAUCAGGGACCACCAGGAACAGAUGGUACUCCAGGACUUAAAGGACCACCAGGGAUCCCAGGUGUACAGGGCCCUGUUGGACUGAUUGGACAGCCUGGUCCACCUGGACCUCAGGGGUCAACUGGACUUCCAGGGGCCAAAGGCCAAUUGGGUGACUUGGGGUCCCCUGGAUUUAAAGGAGAACCUGGAGCUAAAGGAGAGCCUGGCCCUCCUGGAGCUCAGGGAGAAAUGGGGCCGAUGGGAGAGGAUGGAAAGCGAGGUCCAAGAGGAGACACAGGGGCCAUUGGAUCCCCAGGCCCAGCUGGAGAAAGAGGAGCUCCAGGUAAUCGUGGCUUUCCAGGAGCUGACGGUUUGCCAGGCCAAAAGGGUGCACAGGGUGAGCGUGGUGUUCCAGGCUCAUCAGGGCUUAAAGGUGCAACUGGAGACCCUGGACGAACUGGGGAAGCAGGAAUUCCGGGAGCAAGGGGUCUGACAGGCGUGCUGGGAAUGCAAGGAGCAGAGGGGAAAAUAGGACCACAGGGAGCUCCAGGAGAUGAUGGGAAUCCAGGUGUAGCUGGGCCAACUGGUACCAGAGGUGCAGCAGGACCUAUGGGUCUGCCCGGACCUAAAGGCUUCAGUGGUGAUCCAGGGAAAGCAGGAGAGAUAGGGUCUUCAGGAGCUCCAGGACAAAGAGGUGCCAAUGGGAAAGAUGGAGAGGAAGGACCAGCAGGAACUCCAGGACCGCCUGGAGUGGCAGGAAAGAGAGGGGAGCAGGGACCUCCUGGACUAAUUGGCUUCCAAGGUUUGCCUGGACCCCCAGGCCCACCAGGAGAAUCAGGAAAACCAGGUGACGAGGGUAUCCAUGGGGAAGCUGGUGGCGUGGGGCAGACAGGUCCAAGGGGUGAGCGUGGAACCCCUGGAGAGAGAGGUGACCCAGGAUCUAAUGGGUUACCAGGACCCAAAGGAGGCCCAGGCACCCCUGGACCUGAUGGUCCCAAGGGCAAACCAGGUCCAGCUGGAUUUGGAGGAGAAACAGGACCACCUGGGCUACAGGGUAUGCCAGGAGAGAGAGGGAUUUCUGGACCAGCCGGGCCUAAAGGAGAAAGUGGUGCAGUGGGAGACAGAGGGGCAGAAGGGGCAGCUGGCAAUGAUGGGGCUCGAGGAUUGCCCGGUCCUGUUGGACCCACCGGACCAACUGGGCCACCUGGGGAGAAGGGUGAACAAGGCCCAAGAGGUCCUUCUGGAUCUCCAGGCUCAAGAGCAAUGGCUGGCUCAUCUGGUGAGCCAGGUCCUACUGGUCCUGUUGGGUUUGCUGGACCUCCCGGUCCUGAUGGUCAGCCUGGAGUUAAAGGUGAAACUGGAGAGGAAGGAGCAAAGGGAGAGGCAGGGUCUCCAGGGCCUCAGGGAAUGGCGGGAAAACCUGGACCUCAGGGCUUGGCUGGAAUUACUGGCCUAAAAGGUGGCAGAGGAACUCAGGGAGCUGCUGGCCCCAGUGGUUUCCCAGGAUUCCCAGGAGGUGUCGGCCCAGUUGGCUCUUCUGGUCCGGUUGGUGAGCCUGGUCCAAUUGGUGCCCCAGGUAAGGAGGGCCCACCUGGACUUCGGGGAGAUCCUGGAGGGCCUGGGCGUCAGGGAGAGCGUGGAAACCCUGGACCUGCCGGUAGCCAUGGAGACAAAGGGGAAUCUGGAGAGGAUGGACUGCCAGGCCCAGAUGGACCAACAGGCCCUGCUGGAACACCAGGACAGAGGGGGCUUGUGGGUCUUCCUGGGAUGAGAGGAGAGCGUGGUAUGGCUGGCCUUCCUGGACCUGGGGGUCCACCAGGAAAGGCUGGCACCACAGGUCCCCAAGGAACCAAAGGUGGUGCUGGACCAGUUGGUUUACCAGGAGCUGCCGGACCCCGAGGAGAUGCUGGCCCUGAGGGUUUGGCUGGAGCUGAUGGAAUUCCAGGAGCUGAUGGCAUAAUUGGAGCAAGAGGUGACAGAGGAGACCCAGGACCAGAGGGUCUCGCUGGAGGCCAGGGAGAACCAGGAUCUCCAGGACCUGUCGGAACACCAGGAGAUCCAGGACAGAGAGGAGAUCAGGGUGCAAGAGGCCCACCUGGUCCAGACGGACCGGCAGGAACCAGAGGGAAAAAAGGACCACAAGGACCUUUGGGAGACAAAGGUGACAAAGGAGACACAGGUGAGAGAGGUCAGAAGGGUCAUCGCGGCUUCACUGGACUACAUGGGCUUCCUGGAGUAUCAGGUGCUACAGGGGAUGAUGGUGCAAUUGGAAUCGUUGGACCUAGUGGGCAAAGAGGACCCCCCGGCCCUGUUGGACCAGCAGGAAAAGAGGGUGAUAUGGGUCCACCUGGAGCAGUGGGGGCCCCUGGAGCUCGAGGUGCCACUGGAGAUGUUGGACCAGAGGGACCCCCAGGUGAACCUGGCCCAUCUGGACCCCCCGGACCUCCUGGUCCCCCUACCGCUGCUGUAGAUGACCUUUUUGGUAUAAACUUUGAAUCUGAUGGUGACUCUGAGCCAGAGGCGCCUCCACCUCCAGAAUUCAACGAGGAUGAGGCAAGACCCAAUAAUGGAUCUGAUGCGGUUCGGGUUGACAGUGGGGUUCAGUUGUCUCUUAAGAGCCUUGGAAGUCAACUAGACAGCAUGCGCAGUCCUGAUGGCAGUCGCCAAUAUCCUGCUCGCACAUGUCAAGACCUGAAACAGUGCUAUCCUCUAAAGAAGAGCGGUGAGUAUUGGAUAGACCCAAAUGAGGGCAGCGCUAGAGAUGCCAUCCAGGUGUACUGUAACAUGGAAAUGGGGGAGACCUGUAUACCAGCCAACCCUGCUAGUAUCCCACGCAAGAACUGGUGGAGUUCACGUUCCAGCAUGCCUAAACCAGUCUGGUUCGGAGCAACCAUAAACCGGGGAACUAAGUUCACUUAUGGAAGCAAAGACGCAUCGGCUAACACUGUGUCAGUCCAACUGAGAUUUCUUCGCCUACUGUCGAAAGAGGCAGCACAGACCAUCACUUACUACUGCAAAAACAGUGUGGCCUAUAAAGAUGAGAAGAGCAGCAAUCUGAAGAAGGCUGUAGUCCUAAAGGCUGCCGAUGGACAGGACAUCAAGGCAUAUAGCAACAACCGCCUGAAGUACACUGUCACAGAGGACAGCUGCUCUAAAUCCAACGGUGAGUGGGGUAGGACUGUCUUUGAGUACCGCACACAAGCACUUUCACGGCUGCCAAUUGUGGACUUAGCUCCAGUGGAUGUAGGAGGCAAAGAUCAGGAGUUUGGAAUUGAUAUUGGCCCUGUGUGCUUCUCAUGAAACUGAGGAUAAAAGCAUCAUCAUUUGGACUUUAGGGCUCUACCGAUACAAUAUUUAUUGUUCGGGACAGUUUGUAAGGGCCUUUAUUUCAUGAUCAAGGAUUUCCAAUAGCCUGUGGUGUAUGAGUGCAUUCGAGACUAUAAGGACCCUUUAAUUUAUACUUUAUAUGCCAUGUGUUAUUGAAAGAUAAAAACACUUUUUUUUUGUAACUGGAAAAGUUCUCCGUAUUACAAAUUUGUGCCCUGCCUGUCUGUGUUAUUCUGUUAAUGUUCGGUCAUGCUAACCUUCAAAUCGUAAUUUUAAAUGGAUUUGGUUAAGGUUAAGUGGAUCUGGAUGAGAGAAACUGUUUAAGUUGUAUGAAAGUGGGAUCUUAUUCAGGGUAGCAUUUCUACAUUCAAUAACCACACAGUUCUGACUUGGCCACAUGAAAGAGAAACGGCAAACACUGUUUGACAAAUGAUUCAUUUAUGUUUAAUCAUUAAUGGGAAUUCUCACAGAAACCACUAUCAGCGUCUCAUUAAAAGGCUCAUUAGCCCAAAAUUAACAACACAGAUAAACUCUUUGUCCCACUUUUGAAAGCAAAGACCUGUUUUUACUCUUUAGGGGGGAAAAGACAUUUGUUUGUAAUGAAUGGCAGAUUAAACAUUUUAAUUUCCUUCCA